AUGCCUCCUAUACGACGAAGCAAUCUAGGUAGAAUAACCCGAAAUGCUACCAACGAAGCUAAUUACCGAUUUAACCAAAAUCCUCAAGAACGUGACGACCGAAAUGAACGUGAAAGAAUUCGGAUAUCACAAACGCGGGAAGUGCGAACGCGAAAUUCAACUAAUAAUCGCGCAAGUUUGAAUCGAGCUGCUUUUAGUUACGAUGUGUCAAUUGACUGCAGUAACUACCAGUGUGUUGUUAUUGGUUCUAUGAACUCAGUUUGCUCAUAUUGUAAGGCUUUGAAAUACAAAAACGAGGCCAAUGGUUCUGAAACAAACAAAAAAGUCAGUUCAAUGAACUAUUAUUCAUACCGCCUAAUGAUUCGCGAAAAUGAAGACAAUCACAUAUUGAAAUGCCAGCGAUUAUAUCACAAAUAUGUUGUUGACAUGUAUGUUAAAAUUGAAACGGAGAGAUUAACAUUCAUCAGGUUGAAUCAGACCAAACUCCGAUCUGAAGAGUAUAUUCACCUUCGAGAUGCGAUUAAUACUGAUGGAAAUGCACAGAAUGUUGGUCGGAUGAUUAUUCUUCCAGCAACAUACAUCGGAAGCCCUCGACAUAUGCACGAAUAUGCUCAAGAUACCAUGUCGUAUGUUCGUCAUUAUGGUACAGCAGAUUUGUUCAUAACAUUUACAUGCAAUCCGCACUGGAUAGAAAUCAAGCAGGAGUUAUUCCCUGGGCAAUCACCCAUUGAUCGUCAUGACAUUACAGCCAGAGUCUUUAGACAAAAGUUGAAAUCUUUAAUGGAUUUCAUCGUGAAACAUUAUGUGUUUGGUGAGACACGCUGCUGGAUGUGUUCUGUGGAGUGGCAGAGACGAGGGUUGCCACAUGCACACAUUUUGAUUUGGUUGGUUGAAAAGAUAAGGCCAAAUGAAGUUGAUGCAGUGAUAUCAGCUGAAAUACCUAAUGUACAAGUAGAUCCUGAAUUGCAUGAGGUUGUUAUCAAAAACAUGAUACAUGGUCCAUGUGGAACUCUUAAUCAAAAUUUACCGUGUAUGAUGGAUGGUAAAUGUUCAAAACGAUAUCCACGGACGUUAAUAUCAGAAACAAUUACUGGCAAUGAUGGUUAUCCACUGUAUCGUCGCCGAUCAAGAGUAGACAAUGGAAGAACUACAAUUUUCAAAUUAAAUCAACAAGAUAUUGAAAUAGAUAAUCGUUGGAUUGUUCCAUAUUCACCAAUUUUAUCAAAGACGUUCAAAGCACACAUAAAUGUUGAAUCUUGCCAUUCAGUGAAAUCUAUUAAAUACAUUUGCAAAUAUGUAACCAAAGGGAGUGAUAUGGCUGUGAUUGUCAUUGGUGCAGAGAAUUGCAAUGAUGAAGUUACCCAAUACCAAAUGGGCCGCUAUGUUAGUAGUAAUGAAGCAGUUUGGCGAAUAUUUUCUUUUCCUAUUCAUGAGAGACACCCUUCAGUUGUUCAUUUAGCUGUGCAUUUAGAAAAUGGACAAAGAGUGUAUUUUACAGCACAGAACGCAGUACAGAGAGCUGCUCAGCCACCUUCUACUACAUUAACCAGUUUCUUUGAGACACGCCAAAACGAUGAUUUUGCACAAACAUUGUUAUAUUCUGAAAUGCCAAAAUAUUAUACUUGGAAUAAAUCCUCAAGGAUAUUUAUACGACGGAAACAAGGAAAACCAAUUCUAGAAUACCCAGAUGUAUAUUCCACCGAUGUGAUUGGUCGAAUUUAUUCAGUACAUCCCAGCAAUAAUGAAUGUUUUUAUUUACGACUGCUAUUGGUCAAUGUACGUGGCCCAACAUCAUUCCAACAUUUACGAACUGUUGAUGGUGAAUUGUGUGGAUCCUACAGAAAAGCCUGUCAACGUUUGCAAUUGCUAGAAAAUGACGAUCAUUGGGAUCAAACUCUAAAUGAUGCUGUAAUAUCAUCAAGUGCUCAACAAAUACGAACAUUGUUUUCUAUAAUCAUAUGUACAUGCUACCCAUCAAAGCCAAUCGAUUUGUGGAUCAAGUACAAGGAUUAUAUGUGUGAUGAUAUUUUGUAUCAAAUACGGAAUAGAAUGGGAAAUCUAAAUAUACAAAUCAGUGAAGACAUUUAUAACGAAGCAUUGAUUUCAAUUGAGGACAUGUGCUUGAUGAUGUCAAACAAACUAUUAAUUCAAUUAGGCCUGAUCGCGCCCAAUUGUCCAAUGCAUGAUGUUUUUAACCAAGAGGUGCACCGAGAAAAAAUGUAUGAUCUCAACAAUUCGAAUAAAUUAAUUCAAAAAAAUCUUCCACUGUUGAAUGAACAACAGAAGUAUGUAUUUAAUACUCUUAUGAAAGUAACAAAUGAUGAAACUGGAGGGAUAUACUUCUUGGAUGCACCUGGUGGUACAGGAAAAACUUUUUUGAUUUCAUUAAUAUUAGCAACAAUUCGUUCACAAAAUAAAAUUGCACUUGCACUCGCUUCUUCGGGAAUCGCAGCAACUUUGCUUGAAAGUGGUAGAACAGCCCAUUCAGCACUAAAAUUUCCAUUAAAUAUGCAAAGCAAUGAAAUUUAA